AACUCAAUGCCUAAAACGUUCCGAUUAAAGAUUUUGCUUUCCCAAAAUGUGCAUGUUUACAUUUUCAAAGCACCUAAAAGCCCUUCUCUUAACCUCUAAAGAGAAGACAACCAUAAUUAAAAUCCAUGCUUUCAUGUUUAAAACUAGUCUCUCCGCACAUGGAAACUCCAUUGGCCGACUCAUAGCGUUGUAUGCGCGUAUUGACGAUAUCUUAUCAGCUCGUAAAGUGUUCGAUGAAUUGCCACAACGAAGUGUAGAUAGCUUCAAUGCGAUGAUCAUAGCAUAUUCUCGUAAGGGAUACCCAUGUGAAGUUUUGAGUAUUUAUAAUCAGAUGAUAAAAGAAAGUGUCAAACCUGAUAGCUCAAUUUUUACUGUUGCACUUAAGGCGUGUGUGAGCUUGAUGAACUUGAACAUGGGAGAAGAAGUUUGGCGUAAAGCAGUGGAUUUUGGUUAUGAUAACGAUGUGUUUGUUGGGUCAUCUAUGUUGAAUUUGUAUGCCAAGUGUGGCAGAAUGGAUGCGGCUUUAAUUGUGUUCAAUAAGAUGCAAAGAAAGGACAUUGUUUCUUGGAGUUCUAUGAUAAAAGGGUUUGCGUGUAAUGGCCAGCCAUGCGAAGCAGUCAAUGUUUAUAGAAGGAUGCAAAAGGAGGGGAUUGAAGGAGAUGCGGUUGUGAUGGUGGGGUUGAUUAAAGCUUGUGUUAAUCUUGGGGACUCGAAAGUGGGGCUCUCUAUUCAUGGUUAUACGAUUAGGAAAGAUCUUGAUUUGGAUGUUAUAGUUCAAACCAGCCUUGUGGAUAUGUAUGCUAAGAACGGACAUUUGAAUCUUGCUUCUCGUGUUUUCAAGAAGAUGCCCCAUAAAGAAAUUGUUUCUUGGGCUGCACUAAUGUCUGGCUUCGCUCAAAAUGGUUUGCCAGGAAAUACACUUGAACUGUUGAUUGAGAUGCAGAGUUGCGGGUGUGAACCCAAUUCGGUGUCUCUCAUGACUGCACUUUUGGCAUGUACACAAAUUGGUUUUCUGAAAUUGGGCAAGUCCAUACAUGGAUAUAUUGUCAGGAGGCUUGAUUUUGAUAAGGUUUUAGGUACUGCAGUGAUUGACAUGUAUUCAAAAUGUGGAGCACCUUCUUGUGCACGUGCAGUCUUUGAUCGGAUGGAUUCUAGGGACGUAAUCUCUUGGAAUGUAAUAAUUGAUAGCAAUGGGAUCCAUGGACGUGCAAAGGAAGCUCUGACACUCUUCCUCCAGAUGAUAGAAACAAAGCUCAAACCAGAUCAUUCUACUUUUGCAUCCCUUCUUUCAGCUCUUAGUCACUCAGGACUAGUGGAAGAGGGUCGAUACUGGUUUGAUCUCAUGGUUAGUGAAUAUAAAAUUCGACCAACUGAUAAGCACUAUGCUUGUAUGGUUGAUCUUUUGGCCCGUGCCGGACAAGUGGAAGAAGCACUUGAGCUUAUAAAGUCCAUGAACAAUGAACCUGGGCUUGCUGUUUGGGUUACCCUCUUAUCAGGUUGCCGUAAUCAUAGGAAGUUGUCAACUGGAGAGAUUGUGGCAAAGAAGGUCCUUGAGUUAAGUCCGGAUGACUUGGGAAUUCAUUCGCUGGUCUCAAACUUCUUUGCCAUGGGAAAGAAGUGGGACGAAGUGGCUGAAGUAAGGAAGGUAAUGAGAAAGACAGGGAUGAAGAAAGUGCCUGGCUAUAGUGCAGUUGAAGUGAACGGGGAGCUCCAUUCAUUUAUAAUGGAAGAUAAGAGCCACCAUCAAUAUGGAAAUAUUGCGUAUCUAUUGGAUAACUUGGAUCAAGAGAUGAGAGUAAAAGCAUGUCUUCCGGAGAUUGAAUAUUGCAUUAGCUGACAAGAAACUGAACGAAAAUGUCUGAUCAGAGUGAACGAACCAGAUUACUGAUUAAAAAGAACCUUAAAAUGGGUGUAGAUAACCGUGAAGCAACCAAGUUCACCUUCAAAACAAUGUAAUAGAGGACUUUUGAGAGAAAUUUGAAGACUUUCAUAGUUCAAGGAUUUGGUCUCUUGUUGGGUUGGCUUUGUUUUAGGACCAAUACUUCAAGCUGAGAACCUAAAAAUUCAGGAACAUUCGUCAUCAGUGUGACUGGUUCACAAAGAUUACACAGAGCCUGCGAUACUAAAAUUAAUCAACGUUUUAUAUUUUAUGCACUCGAGUCUCGAGGGAACAUGGCUACCAAAAUCAGUAUAAAGAUUCCAAAGGAAUGUUAUCUGCGGCCGAAUCCAUCAAGCUUCAUCCAGUGAUGCUAGACGAUUUUGUGUGUUAUAAUUUAUUUAUUCUCUUCCCACACUUGCUACACUGUCAAUUAUCGAAUCCGUCUGCUAAAUUAGUGGCCAAGUGUUCUGAAGUCUUAUCCAAAAACGAUGAUGAGACUUCGUCUUCAGAACAGACUUUCUGAAAUUCGAGCUUGAUUGAUUGCAGUCACCGAGAAUCCGAGAAACAAGAAACUAAAAUGCGCACCCGACAAUUUCC